GUGUCUGUGUGUCUGUGCGUGUGUCUGUGUGUCUGCGCGUGUGCGCGUGUCGCACGCCUCGUCCGCCCACCCAUUCACUCAGUCAGAGCGGUCCGGCCUGGCCCCGCGUGCCACAAAGCCACCGGCUCCAGCGGAGCGAGGCGGAGAGGAUUCACGCAGCGGUACAGAACAGCUGGCCCCGGCUGAACAAGACCAACAGCCGAACAAACAACAGCCGAACAAACAACAGGCGACGAACUGAAACAGCCGAAACGGCUGAACCGAACCCACGGCUGACCAACCAAACGGUCGUACGGAUGAACAUCCAAACAGCUGAACAGCCGAGCAACUGAACAGGUGAACGGCCGAACAGCUGAACAGGUGAGCAGAUGAACAGCAGAUCAACUGAACAGCUGGACAGGUGAGCAGAUGAACAGCCGAGCAACUGAACAGCUGGACAGGUGAACAGAUGAACAGCCGAGCGACUGAACAGCUGAGCAACUAAACAGGUGAACAGGGCGGUUUUCGCCGUCUCCUCAAGCUCCACGCCGAGCUGGGCCGGUGGACGGUCAGUCAGAAGGACAGUCGGACGGACGGUCAGUCAGAAGGACAGUCGGACGGACAGUCGGAAGGUCGGCCAGACAGUCGGACGGUCAGUCGGAAGGUCGGCCGGACAGUCAGACAGUCGGACAGUCGGACGGACAGUCGGAAGGUCGGUCAGUCAGAAGGACAGUCGGGCGGUCAGUCAGAAAGUCAGCCGGACAGUCGGACGGUCAGUCAGAAGGACAGCCGGACGGACGGACGGUCAGUCGGAAGGUCGGCCGGACGUUCAGCCAGACGGUUAGCCAGGUCAGUCAGAAGGUCAGUCGUACCGUCAGUCGGAAGAUCAGUCAGCAGGUCGGUCAGGUGAGUCCGACGGUCAGUCGGAAGAUCAGUCAGCAGGUCGGUCAGGUCAGUCAGAAGGUCAGUCGGAAGAUCAGUCAGCAGGUCGGUCAGGUCAGUCAGAAGGUCAGUCGGAAGAUCAGUCAGCAGGUCGGUCAGGUCAGUCAGAAGGUCAGUCGGAAGAUCAGUCAGCAGGUCGGUCAGGUGAGUCAGAAGGUCAGUCGGAAGAUCAGUCAGCAGGUCGGUCAGGUGAGUCCGACGAUCAGUCGGAGGGUCGAGCGCGCGGGUGCCAUGGACAACUUCACGGCGGAGAGGUCCGGGGAGGACUUCACCAACGUCACCUUCUUCAGCAGCGCCGUGCUGGACGACUCCACCACCAACACCACCAGCAACUACACCACCAACACCACCACCAACACCACCACCACCAUCACCAUCGACUUCCUCAACUCCUCGUCGUCCUCGUGGCUGUGGGACUCCGUCCUGGAGAACAUCACGGGCGGCGGUGGGGAGCUGGGGGCCACGCCCCCCACCGCGUCACCCUCGUCCGGUAGCAGCGACGGCAGCGGCGGCGGAGGAGCAGGAGCAGGAGGAGCAGGAGGAGGAGGAGGGUUGUCCACCAUCGCCGCCGCCACCGCCACCACGGGCCCCACCGUGUCGCCCAUCUGGGACUCGCCGCUCAACCCCAUCAUCAGCGUGUACGUGGCCGUGGUGCUGGCCUUCACCAUGCUGGGCAUGGGCUGCACGGUGGAGCUCGGCCAGUUGGGCCACCACCUCCGGAGGCCCGCGGGCGUCCUGAUCGCGGCCCUGGCGCAGUUUGUGGUGAUGCCCUUCGUGGCGUUCGCCAUGGCCAACGCCUUCGCGCUGGGCGAGGCGGCCGCGGUGGCGGUGUUGGUGUGCGGCUGCUGCCCCGGCGGGACGCUGUCCAACAUCAUGUCGCUGUUCAUCGACGGAGACAUGAACCUCAGCAUCAUCAUGACGGCCUCAUCUGCCCUGCUGGCGCUGCCGCUGAUGCCGCUGUGCCUCUGGGUCUACAGCCGCCACUGGCUCGACACGCCCGUCGUGCAGAUGCUGCCCUUCGGCGCCAUCGCACUCACGCUGUGCGGCACGCUCGUGCCGCUCGCCGCCGGAGCCGUGCUGCGCCAUCGGGCACCUGGCGCCGCAGACGUCAUCCUCAAGGUGUCCGUGUGGCUGCUGCUGCCCAUCCUCGGCGUCCUCUUCAUCCUCACCGGCUCCCUGCUGGGCCCCGACCUCAUGGGCCAGCUGCCCGCCACCGUCUACCUCGUCGCCGUCCUCAUGCCGCUCGUCGGCUACGGCGUCGGCUUCGGCCUCGCCAGGCUCUGCCGCCUGCCGCCCUCGCUGUGCCGCACCAUCUCGAUGGAGACGGGCUGCCAGAACGUCCAGCUGUGCACCGCCAUCCUCAAGCUGACCUUCCACCCGGAGGCGAUCGGCGCCAUCUUCCUCUUCCCGCUCCUCUACGCCCUCUUCCAGGCGGCCGAGGCCGGCCUCUUCAUUGUGGCGUACCGCGUGCGGAGGGCCCGGCAGCGGGCCGCGGGAGGCCGGGCCGCUGGCGACGGCGGCGAUGACGACGACGACGACGAGGGAGGUUCGGACAUCACGUACCGGAAGCUCAAGGAGGACGACGGGGGGAUGCCGAGGGAGGCCACCUACGGAUCGGUGGACGCCAAGGAGAGGCCCGCGGAUUCCGCGGGCGACGCGGGCGGCGAUGCUGUGAGGUCUACGUACGUGUGAGUGGAUGAGCGAGUGGGCGAGCGGGUGGGUGGGCGAGCGGGCGGGCGAGCGGGUGGGCGAGCAAGUGAGCGGUAAGCGGUGAGCACUACGUAACCCCCGGUGGGCGACCCGAGUUCGAUUCCCGCCCACGGCCACCACCACCACCACUGGUGACCAUUAUCUGAACCAGUCCUGGGCCUCCCCUCUAGGUCGACUCGGCCACAAAAUUAGUACACCUGG